AUGCAGAAGUACGAAAAGUUGGAAAAAAUAGGUGAAGGUACCUAUGGGACGGUGUUCAAGGGAAAGAACCGUGACACUUUAGAAAUCGUCGCGUUAAAACGCGUCCGGCUGGACGAGGACGACGAAGGUGUGCCGAGUUCGGCGUUGCGAGAAAUAUGCCUUCUGAAGGAGCUGAAACACAAAAACAUUGUCCGCUUGUACGACGUGUUGCAUUCGGACAAAAAGUUAACGCUCGUUUUUGAGCACUGUGACCAGGAUCUUAAGAAGUAUUUUGACAGUCUGAAUGGCGAGAUCGACCCAGACGUGGUGAAAAGCUUUAUGUACCAACUGCUACGCGGCCUAGCCUUCUGCCACAGCCACAACGUGCUGCACCGGGACCUUAAGCCACAGAAUCUGCUAAUCAACAAGAACGGCGAGCUGAAGCUAGCUGAUUUCGGGCUAGCACGUGCUUUCGGCAUCCCAGUGAAAUGCUAUUCGGCCGAGGUAGUCACAUUGUGGUAUCGUCCUCCGGACGUUCUCUUCGGUGCCAAACUGUACACAACCAGCAUCGACAUGUGGUCAGCCGGGUGCAUUUUCGCGGAGCUGGCCAACGCCGGGCGACCUCUUUUCCCCGGUUCGGACGUUGAUGAUCAGCUGAAACGGAUAUUCAAACUCCUCGGUACUCCGGAGGAAGAAAACUGGCCCGGCCUCACACAACUGUCGGAUUACAAACCUUUCCCAUUGUAUCCUCCCACAACAUCCUGGAGUCAGGUGGUACCGCGGCUUAACUCGAAAGGUCGGGAUUUGUUACAAAAACUCCUAGUCUGCCGUCCAUUGUUGAGACUCAGCGCUGAACAGGCAAUGUCGCAUCCAUACUUUACCGAGAACUGA